GUGAGAGUCAGUCGUCUGCAUGAAAGUGGAUGGAGCCAGAGCAGCAAACACGCUGGGUCUUCUCACUGCUUGAACACUUGGUUUUGCUGAUGGGCUACAAUACAGACACAGCCAGACCCCUCUCUCUCUCCUCUCUCUGAAAUCCAGUUGGAGUUAUCACUAGCUGUCUUCUGCGAGCCAAUAUUUAGCAUUGAAUUCUAUUCUCCUUUAAAUCAGAAGAAUCAAAUCCACAUUUCUGGAGACUUUUAUACAUUUUCUUUGGCUUUUGGGGAGAUUUUCUUGCAAGGAUUGCUUAUUAAAACACAUCCAUUCUCUCCGUCAAGUGGAAUUUAUAUUGAAGUGGCCACUGAUGCAAGCUGGAAAAAGUAACUAAAAAAUGGCAUCCUUUAUGUCUAUAUAUAUUAAGCUAAAUUACCAUAUUUUCUGAAACCAAGGAGAAGCUAGAUGAAGACAGAAGCAAAUACAGUACAAGUGGGUCCUAGAAGAAAUGGUACCCUUGAAGAUUCAUGUAGUGCCUUGAGUGACAACAUAAAUGGAACUCGAUCCAAGUUCAGAAUGUCAGAAGAACUACCUGCCACUUAGAGUUCAUGGAGCAGAUGAUAUGAAUUUCAGAUUUUUCCCUGUACCAGGCAUGUACAGACUUGCACUUGUCAUCAGACUCGACAGAUACUGAAACAACCACAAGGGUGGCACAGACUCCCUCCAAUCCGCCGGCUUUGCAUGCACUCAGUGCUGGAGAGUUACUAUGCAGUUUGGACUGUUCACUGUGCUUGUCUUGAUCUUGAUGGAUAUUGCAGAAAGCAGCAAGGUUUUGAAGGGGAGGAGACACAGAAGAAGUACAGACGUGAGCCAAAGCUGCACCAAAGGCUGUGAGGCUUGUUCCGAGUUUAACGGUUGUGUCAAGUGCUUACCUAAGCUUUUUAUCCUUUUGGAAAGAAAUGACAUACGACAAACUGGGGUCUGUUUGCAAUCCUGCCCUAAAGGCUACUAUGGUGAUCGGAAUCGGGAUAUUAGCAAGUGCAUGAGAUGCAAAAUGACUAACUGUGAGGAAUGCUUCAGCAAGACAUUUUGCACAAAUUGUAAUGAUGGUUUCUACUUACAUAAAGGAGUAUGUUACUCCACCUGUCCAGAUGGAUUUAUUGCAGCAAACGGCACAAAGGAAUGCAGCUCCGCACAAUGUGAAAUGAGUGAAUGGGGACCAUGGAGUCCAUGUACUCCUAAAGGAAAAAAAUGUGGAAGAAAAAAUGGAUUUGAAGAAAGAAGUAGGAAGGUUCUAAAGGCACCACUAGGAGGUGAAUCUCUCUGUCCACCUACUACAGAGAAGAGGAAAUGCACAAUGGCCACAAACCCAUGCCCUAGAGGAAAUAACAAGAAGAACAAUGAAAAAGGAAACAGGAACAAAAACCAAAACACGGGGAAAGGAAAUAAGAAGAAAAAAAAACAACAAAGAGUAACAUCAGUGCCCAUCACUCCUUCUGUCCCAACAAAGUAGCUGUCACUAUAGAGUCCAGCAACAAAAAGAGAAUAAUGCUGCUAUAUAUCUAAGACGCUUUCUUGAACUGGAGCACUGCUACAACAUAAGCACCUACACCAUUGGCGAAUGAUUGGCAAACUCUUACGGUUUAUACUGCCAUAAGCAUUGGACAAUUUUACCCAGGACUUCUGCAGAUGAAGAAAGGGUAAAGAGCUAUUUCUUGAUCAAUAUAGGAAAGAUGUGACUUUCUAGUCAUAAGAUAACACCUUGGAGCUGAUACUAAAGAUCAUUUCAACUCCGGUAGAAAGGCUGAAAGUGGUUUGGAGAAACAUUAAUGAACUGUGUGUCGCCUAGAGUAUUCCCCAUUGUUCCCCUCCCUCUCUUUAAGUCUGUGUUUUCAGAUGUUUGUAUGACUUAAUCUUUGGGGAGUGUAUGUUAAACAUUUGUGACCCAUGGUCGUGGUCAUCACUAUGGAACUACUUCAGAAAAAAACAAGACAAUUAAAGAAGCGGGCACACUUCUGAAGGAGGACGUUAAGGAGACAUAUCAAUGAGUAGGGGGCAGUGACAGUGAACUAAAGAAGUUUUAUUUUCAAAUGGAUUUCUAAGUGUUUUAUUGUUACAAAAAGAAGGUAAUUAAAUAAUAACAUAAGAAAAAAAGAGUGAUGGUAUGAGUUAACACACACAUAGUAGACAAUGAGUAUGAUCCUGCUAUUCGUUACAAGGCCAUACACAUUAGAAGAAUGUUGGCCGAACCCAACGAUUUUGACGGACCUGCUGAGCAUCUAAUGUGUAUGGGGGUUUCCUGACUCGUGCCAGCUAUCAGGGGAAAAAGGG